ACCGCUUUAUGUCUUUACGAACCCCUCAAACCUUUCACCCACUCUUCUUCUUCUUCUUCCUCAGUUAUGGCCUCUGCCUCUUCACUUUUUUCUCAAAACCCCAUUUUUUCUUCUUUACAUUACUACUACUUCUCUUCUUCUUUUAACUUACUUUAUUAUGGGUUAUCUUUCAUGCAAUGCCGAAUCUGCUAUUGCCACCUGCGAUUCUUGGAACUUCAAAAAGAAUCGAACUCAUAAUAAACCAUUUACAAUCAGAGAGUUUUCUUACUCUGAUCUUCACUCUGCUACUAAUGCAUUUUCUCAGGAUAAUCUUCUUGGUAAAGGAAGCCAUGGAUAUGUAUACAGAGCUCAUCUUAAUCAAACUAAGCUCACUGUUGUAGCUGUUAAAAGGGGUAAAUUAACUGAACCCCGUAACAGUUCUACUAAUUCUCCGGCGGAAAAUGAGAUUGAGAUUCUUUCUAGAGUACACCACCCUCGGUUGGUUAACUUGUUGGGUUAUGCGGUGGACUCGAAUCAGAAUAAAUUGAUUGUUGUCGAGUUUAUGCCUAAUGGGUCUUUGUAUGAAUUGCUUCAUUCUCAUUCUAAACCUCCUAAUUGGACUCGUCGUGUUCGAUUUGCUUUACAAAUUGCUAGGGGUGUUCAUUUUUUACAUUCUUCAAAUCCGCCGGUGAUUCAUAGAGAUAUCAAGUCUUCCAAUAUUCUAAUCGAUGGGAAUUUCAGUGCUCGUCUUGGUGAUUUUGGGUUGUCUUUGAGAGGUCAUGUUGAAGAUGUCGUCGUUAAAAGCACGCCGCCGGCGGGUACGUUGGGGUAUUUGGAUCCUGCUUAUCUAGCACCGAGUGAUCUCAGUACAAAAUCUGACGUUUUCAGCUUUGGGAUUUUGUUAUUAGAGAUCAUUAGUGGCCGGAACGCAAUCGACGUGAAUUACAGUCCGCCAUCAGUGGUGGAUUGGGCUGUGCCGUUGAUUAAAUCCGGCGAGUAUACAGAGAUUUAUGACCCGAGACUCACCUCACCGGAGGACGACGGAGCUUUACGGCAGUUGGCUAUAGUGGCAGCGCGAUGCGUCCGUAAGACGGCGGCGAAACGGCCGGCGAUGGCGGAGGUGGUGGAGUGGUUAAAACUGGUGUAUAAACGAAUGAGCUCGCCAAUAUGGAAUAACAUAGGGCGGCGAGUGGGGCGCGUGAGGGAAUCAACGCGCGUGGUGAAAUAUGAGCCGUUGGAUGAAAGUAUUGAAAUAGUUAAGAUCUCGAGAAUGGGAAGUAGAAGAAAUAGGAAAGUAUCCAAUGUGACGACCACAGAAUUAGGAAGUGCUGUGAUUGGUCAAAAAGUAAAACCAGUAAUUAGAUCGAAAUCUAUUGGUUCACUUGGUGAGAUUGCAUCUGAACCGUUUGAUCUGGCUAAUAACAAUAAUAAUCAGACGGUUAGGAGGAAAGGAGGAUUGGCUGUGAAGAUGCCUACAGUAAGGUUGAGUAAGUCAAGAUCAAUGGGCAUGAUACAAAGUAGUACAAGGUUAAUGCACAAGAAUAAUUGUAAUGGGGUUGUGGUUAAGUUUGUAAAGAAACCAAAUGGAAAAGAAUUAGAGGAGUCUAAAUUGUUAGUUGAUGUAGGAAAAGAUCGCACUUGA